CUCAUAUUGUACCUAUAGUGCACAUCGCAAUACAUCAGUACAUCGCUCAAAGUGCUCAUUACAAGAUGGAUGCCACUACUCGAAGCAUUGAGUUGACUAGAAGACGCGAACUUCGUCGACGAAAGAUUUUACAAAAUGCGGACGAAAGACUUAAAAAACUUACUGGCUUUUUAAAAGAAAACGUAUCUCACAGUGAAGAUGCUUGUGAUAAAACUAGUGACUGCUCAUCAGAGAAUAUCGGGAAUUCGAAAAUGGACGACAGUGCUCUGGAAGUCGAUCUAACCAUUGGAGUUAAGGAAAGUGCACCUCAACAAUCUGAAUCACUUCAUGAAGUUGAUGGGGUCUAUCAAAAUGAGAAUUUUCCCAAAUAUUUUUUGCAUAAAAACAAAGAAAGUGAGAAACAUCGUAAUGAAAAUAAGACAAACAAAGAAAUCUUAGCUAAUAAAUGCUCUUCAAAUUCUAUCAUGAAUUACCAAGAUAAUAAUCAUGUUGUAAAUGAAACAAGAAACUUGCAGAAAGAAAAUGAAUCUUCCAAAGAAAUUCAUUAUGAAACUUCAAACUUGCGGAGUUUUGUCGUUAUUAUAUUUGCUAUGUUAUGUUUAACAGUUCAAUCUUCUCUUUUUGUCGUAGCUGAGAUGCUAUACAUUCAUAAAGGAUUCUUUAGAAAGGAGUUUUCAUUUUUUGGACUGUUUUGCAUUUUGGAAAUAUGUUUGUCUUUAACGUCACUGCGAAAGGUCAUGCCAGGAAAGCAUAUUAAAAUCUGGUUGCUAGGAUUGCAGUUGGCUGGAGUUUCAUCCAAAGUUCUGGAAGUCUGCAAAAGACUCAUGUUAGGAACUCUCGAAUUUCUUACGGACCUUGCAAUGUUUCUUUUUACUUUGAUAACUGUUGCUAGCUUUUAUAAAGAAAAAGGGUGAAAUGUUUGUAAUUCCGGUAUGUCAAUAUGUGAUUGGCAAGAAGGCAGUUAUGAAAAAUAUGUCAACAUUAUCAUUGUCAUCAUCAUCAUUUGUGUUUAGUCUUACUAUGACUAUAUUGCCAUAAAAUAGUUUUGCAUUUCAUUUGUAUUAUUAGGGAAGUAAAAUUGUACUUAAUACAAAAUUAUAUGAAGUAGAAAUUGUUAAUAACAAAUCUUAAAAUGUUUUACUACAA